AGCAAGCAAAUAAGACACAAAUAUCCGGUCAAAACCCUAGAAAUCAGAAAACGACACUCCCAGAGAAGACCAAGCAAAAGACAGGUGAUUCCCCAAAUCUCAAACGCUCUUCUUCACAUCUUCCUCUAAUUACCUGUCUAAACGAUUGAAUUCAAGGAAUUUGGUUCAUCUUCCAUAAUGGCUGGUCAGAAGAACAGUUAUGGAAAGCGGUCUCAUUCUCAAUCUGACUAUGAUAAUGGGUCAAAUAAAAGAAGGAAUUCUGGUGAUGACAGAGACCAUUUUGCCAUUGAUUCAAAAGAUACUGUCUAUCGCUACUUGUGUCCUGUUAAGAAGAUUGGGAGUAUAAUUGGAAGGGGAGGCGACAUUGUUAAGCAACUAAGGAUCGAUACUAAGUCAAAGAUUAGGAUUGGUGAGACAGUUCCUGGUUGUGAAGAACGUGUUGUUACCAUCCAUAGUGCUAGUGAUGAGACUAAUGCCUAUGAAGAUAGUGGCAAUUAUAUUUGCCCUGCUCAGGAUGCUCUGUUCAGAGUGCAUGAUAAAGUUAUUGCAGAAGACUUGCAUGAUGAUGAUGACUCUGAAGGAGGUCAUCAAGUCACUGCUAGGCUUCUUGUACCAUCUGAUCAGAUAGGGUGUAUUAUUGGGAAAGGUGGGCAAAUUAUUCAAAACAUUAGAAGUGAGACUGGCGCACAGAUUCGCAUUCUCAAGGAUGAACAUCUGCCUCCUUGUGCACUGAGCACAGAUGAGCUUGUGCAGAUUUCUGGUGAACCUGCAAUUGUCAAAAAGGCUUUAUACCAGAUAGCCUCACGCCUUCAUGAGAAUCCAGCACGAUCUCAGCACUUGCUUUUCUCUGCUGUCCCCAGUGUGUACCCUGCUACAGGUUCGUUGAUAGGUCCUACUGGCGGUGCACCAAUUGUUGGAAUAGCUCCACUCGUAAGUCCUUAUGGAGGAUACAAGAGUGAUGCUGGAGACUGGUCGCGGUCCUUGUACUCGGCUCCAAGAGAUGAACUUUCUUCAAAAGAAUUUUCUCUCCGUUUGGUUUGUCCUACUGGGAAUAUUGGUGGUGUAAUUGGAAAAGGUGGUGCCAUCAUCAAUCAGAUCAGACAGGAAUCUGGAGCACUUAUCAAAGUCGAUAGUUCAACAGCUGAAGGAGAUGAUUGCUUGAUCACUAUUUCAGCCAAGGAGCUCUUUGAUGACCAAUAUUCUCCAACUAUAGAAGCAGCAUUGCGUUUGCAACCCAGAUGCAGUGAGAAAAUUGAAAGAGAUUCAGGCCUCAUUUCCUUUACUACUCGCCUACUGGUCCCCACCUCACGAAUCGGUUGUCUCCUUGGUAAAGGUGGAGCAAUUAUAAAUGAGAUGAGGAAACUUACCAAAGCUAAUAUUCGCAUCCUUGGAAAAGAGAACCUUCCCAAAGUGGCAUCUGAUGAUGAUGAGAUGGUGCAGAUCUCUGGAGACCUUGAUGUUGCUAAAGAUGCUCUUAUACAUGUUAGUCGACGGUUAAGAGCAAAUGUUUUUGAUAGGGAAGGUGCUGUAUCUGCAUUUCUGCCAGUACUGCCCUACCUUCCUGUCUCAGCCGAUAAUUCAGAUGGCUUAAAUUAUGAUAGCAGAGAUAGUAAAAGACAUGGACGUGGGCAUUCUUAUUCUGGGGGCUAUGGCUCCAGUGAUUAUGCUGCUGGCGACAGCUAUGGUACUUAUGGUAGUUCACAGAUUGGUAGUGGUGGAGGUGCUUAUGGAGCUUAUGGAAGCUAUUCAUCGGGACGUACCAGUACCUCUGGGUUAUCUGGCCAGGCUCCUGGUUCUCGACGCAAAAGCUAUUACUAGAUAUUUGAUUAUGGCUAUCUGCAGCUGUUCUAUGAAGCCCGAAGCCAGCCUACUACUGCCUCUUUUGAUGAAGCCUCCUGCCUAAACCGGAAGAUCAGAUGUACCAGGGUUUGACAUACACAUGGCCCACCUUGAUGAUCUCACCCUAGGAGGACCAAAUCUAUUUGGAGAUCCUGAUAUAUUUGCAUGUCCCUGACAACAAAUUACCAAGCUCUACUUAUUUCGGUCCUAAGAACCUCUUUAGCUUUCAUGCCUUUGUUGCUCUGUUUUUUUACUGGAACUUAUCAUCAAUAGUACAAAACCCAGUUUCUUCCAGCCUAUGACAGUUGUACUAAGAGUGUCUGUUUUAUCUACAAUUCUAUACUAUAUUUAGUUUCAUGUUUGAAUUUAUUGCGGAUUUUAUUACUUGAAAUUUGGCAAGUUACUCUGAAAUGUAGCAGAAUGCUAAUGUUGUCUGAAUUGCAGGAUUGAUAUUGUUCUCUUGCAUCAACAAUAAAAAGGUAGUAAAAUUGUCCUUGUUACAAUUUUUAGAGGAGUAGCAUCUUUAUGAAGGAAAAUCUAAUUGGAGUAUAUGCAUCUAGAAAAAGGAGUUUAACUAAUUGUAAGAAAGAUUAUUUUUAUUUUGUUUUAAUCAUCAGCUUAAUUUGAGUGUGCAAGCUUGACUUAAGUUCCAGAACAUCAUAUCUUUAUAUCUUGCACUUAUCUGCUCAUUCAAGCUGUAACAAUUAGAUAAUAUCUUUUCUUUUUUUUUUUUUUGUUGCCUUUUGGUUCCUUUUAUCUAAUUAUUUAGUUUGUAGAUUUAAUUUGUAAGGUGUAGAUUAUGGAGGUUUUAUUUUCACCUUUUUAGAUAUGGAGGCUUACAUUGAAGAAACUAAAUUAGCUGCAUUUGACCAUGUCUUCCAUAAUUAGCAAUAUUUUUUAUUCCCAUUAUUGCUUCAAUGUUAACGGCCUCAUUUUCGUUAUUAAUAUAUUUGGCUCAUCUGCAAUCUGCAUGCUUUGAAGUUAUGUAUAUGGCAGUUGUAUCAUCUUGCUUGUGCGAGUGUUGUGAGUGUGGGGUUAACAGGAGAGAAAAAAAAAAAGAUGAAACUUUUUGGGGUUUGUGUUGGAAUUAUCCUGCAAUUGCCAGGCAAGUUCGGAGGUGCUAAGCCCUGGUGGAUAUUCUCGAGGCUGGUUUGAUUUGUUUGGAAGGUUGAACCUGAAUCUUCAAAUGGUGCUGUGGUUCUAGUGUUGGCUGGCUGGUGAAUCAUAUGCUGGCAAAUUAGCAGGUGGAGCACAAGAAUAUAACCUGUUCGUAUUUUAUGCUUGUAAGCAAAGCCCGAGCAUGGUUGCCUGAAUUAUUAAGCGUAACGUUCAAGUAUAAAGUUGAUGUGCUCGGGACUACCUAUUUUUGCUGUUUCUUCAUUUUUUUGAUGCAUUUGGCCCACUUCUAUUUAUGUGCAUUAAUAUCAAAUUGAACAAAGUUGAUUGAAACGUUAAAUGUUUUUGGAAACCAAAUUUUGACGAAAGAAGUGAUUUAGAUCGAGUAGGUUCAUUGUUA